AUGGUUCGUGGCUUUAGUUUUCGACUCUCGUAUCGAGUCAUUUUCUUUUCCUUCUGUCUGAUUUUUGCCUGUUUUUAUCAUGGUGGUGGUUCAGAGUAUGACAGACGAGAAGAUAAAACAAAACCGAACAAAUUAAAAAAAGAAUUCAAAAGUAAACCCUUGAAUGUUGACGUUUCUUUCGAACAAGACGAACGCGUCUCUAACUUGACAGAAAAUGCGAAACAAAUCAAUGGCCGCAAGGCGCGGAAGAAGACUAAUCUUUCAAAGAUGGUUAGAAAAGGUAAAUUUUGAAAAUGUGAGAAUGUUAGCACUUCAGAAGAAGUAAUUGUUAAUUAUAAUUUAUUUUUAGGAACUGCGAUGAAGACACUCCGAUAUGAAAGAAUACAAAAAAGUCCAGUACUGCCUUUUUCAACUUCAUCGCCGUCAGAGGUAAACGUUCCACGCGAAGAAUCAACAACCAUCUCCCUCUCAAAUGAGACAGAAUGGCUAAACGAUGGCAGUAAAAAUAUAUCUUCAUUGGAAAAUCAAAUUUUUCACGAGAAUGACCUGAGAGAAACAGAAAAAAGAGAAACGUCCUCUUCACUCACAACUCAACAUCUCCGGAGCAGACGUGAAAUUGAUUCGAAAUCUGAGUAUACCCAGGAAGAUCUAUCAGUGUGCAACGAUUCAAUCAUCAGUAUAAAAUACGAUGAUCAAUACAAAGUUCAGACUGACUUUUCAAUACUCUAUAAGAACAAGGUGUACGAUUAUACUGAGUAUCGUGUUUUGAAUGACAGCAUAAAGAUUUGUAACUCCACUGAUAACUACCUACAGAAGAAAUGGAAAGAACGCAAUAAGUUGGUAAAGGGGGCAAUGCAAAGAAGUUGCAAUAAACUCGCUGUAUACUUUCUCUUUUCCCAAUGGCAAUACACUGUGCUCAAGGAUUUUAGAGUUCGCAUUUUGGCAACAAAGCAGCUGAUAACAAAGUACGAUUAUGCUGUAUAUAAAGGUAAACUUAUGACAUGUGUGACCGAAUGCGCCAAUUUUACCUUUACUAUAAAAUAUGAAGAUGAAUACAGAGUAUGGAACAACUUCUCAAUGAUGUACCAAGGUCGAAUGUACUCUUAUGAUGAGUACAAAAUAACGGAUGAUGGUCUACAUGUUUGUAAUUCUUCUGACCGUCUCAUUAAAGAAAAAUGGCGGAAUUUCAUUGUUUCGGAAAAGAUAACGAUAGCUUUCAAACAGUGUAAUGUAUUGGUGGACGGUUUUUACUCCGAAAAUUACACAUUACAUACAAACUUUACUGUUUUCUUCAAACCUACCAAUCAAAAUUUUACAAGGCAAGAUUACGGAGUAAUUAUGGGGUAUUUUGCAAUUUGUUCAAGAAAGCUCAGAUUGUCCUGCAAUGAUGAUUUGGUCAAAGUAAAGUACGGUGAACAAUACAAUGUUUUUAAAAACUUUUCGCUGUUUUACCACAACAAAAUAUACGAUUAUCGCGAAUAUAGAUUAAGUCGCAACAGUCUUCAAAUGUGUGGUUCCAAUGAUUCAAGAGUUCAGGCGAUUUGGAGAACGCGAAAUUCGUGGCAAAAGUCAUUACCCGCAUCCUGUUAUCGUUCUUAUACAUUAAAUGCAAGAUACUACACUGUGACAAAGCAGUUUGCUGUGUAUUCGGCAGAUAACGGUCAAUAUUUCAAACGAAAUGACUAUGCGGUGAUAGACGGUAAACCUUAUGUAUGCGGCAAAGAAAACUUAAGACCAAUAUACGUAAUUACGAACUUUAAGAUUAUUAUAGCACCAUUAUGUGCUUUAGCACUUUCUAUUAUUUCUUUGCUAUUGUUGUUGAUAGUUUACUGCAUGCUUCCAGAACUGCGCACACUUCCUGGUUUGAAUUUAAUGAGUUUUAGCUUUGCCUUGCUGUUGUGGCAGACUUACCUUGUAGUAUUUUUGUCACUGUAUUCUCAUGUAGGUAAACUGUUUGAGAUAUGGUGUGCUAGGCUGUUUGUGGCAAAUAAGUUUAUGACGUAUAGUAUAAUUAUGAAUGCUGCUGUUAAUAUCUAUCACUUAAGGAAAACAUUUUGUGGCAAUACUCUAGUGAAAUCCGAUGAACUGAAGAAGUGGAACAGGUUUUUGAAGUAUAGUUUCUUUAGCUGGGGAGUUCCUGUCAUUAUAACGAUUGUUUAUAUUGUACUAGCAAAGGAAGAUGUUCUAAGGUUAGAUCAACCUAUAGCGUCUGUGAAGAACGAUGUUCAAUCAAAAAGAUUUUAUCGACACAUUGACAUUUUACUUGCGAAUGGAAAUAAUAUAGGGAUUUAUCACCGUAUUGCAUCCUUGAAGGGAGAUGUCCUUCGGUCAAAGUCGAGGUUUAAUCGAAGCACUGACACUGUACGUGAAGAUGCCCAGUCACGGUUUAAUCAAAGCACUGUAUUUGGGAAGCAAGAUGCGACGGAAGAUGAUGCAAAGAUUUAUCAACCUGUUGUAUCUUUGAAGAAAGAUGUUCGGUCAAGCUUAAAGUUUUAUGAACGCAUUGUAUUUGCGAAUGGAAAUGGGAAGGAAGAUGAUGCAAGGAUUUAUCAACAGAUCUCUGGAGAUUGUAUCAAUGGUCGAAUUACUCCCGAUUGGUCAGCUGCUGUUGAUGUAUAUGGUAUUCAAGGUUGUCUUUUGUUGUACAUUAUUGGAAUGUUCAUCCUCACUGCUUAUCGAAUUCGCCAAAAACUCAAGGCAAGCAGGAACAUUGCACAGAAAUCGAAUAUUGUUAGGCGUCGUAAAUUUGUCAUAUUGCUCAAGCUGUCAGCCACUACAGCGUUUGCCUUGAGUUAUUGGUUUCCUCUCUUCAUAUCUAGAAUCGUGGAUUUUGAUUUCGAGAUAAAGAUAGCGUUGUAUACUGUAGCGUUGCUUACUGGUGCCUACAUUGGUAUUGCGUUUGUCUUCACACGAAGAAAUUACCAGUUGCUCAAGAAAAAAUAUUUCCCAGCAAAGAAUAAUCCGCCAGUUAACGAAAUUCCGCUGAAUAGACUAUAAUAGAAGUAAGUCGGCUGUAUAAGUGAAUAAGUAAUUAAGUAAUCAAGCAAGUUAAGCAGGCAAGCACGUAUUAAUUAAUAUAUGAAGAAAACAUGUGUGUAUAUAGAGCAAGUAUAAUUAAACAGUAAUUAAUGAACAGUUAUUAAUUUGAAAUCUAGUAUGUAAAUGUAAUCAUGUACACUACUUGUAAAAAAGGCAACGUAUUCUACCCAAAGUGAAAACGC